AUUGGCGCCUAUUCACUUUCUCAAUAGGCUUUCGCAUGCGACGCAUGAGGAAAUGUCCCAAAAAUCUCUCGGAAAUGUCAUGAACGCCCAAACGAAAGAGAGUGUGGAAUAUUUCCUCGGAAUAACUUUAUAUGGAUUUGCCAUCCCUCUCUUUGCUAUUCUAUUUAUAACUCUAUUGUAUCGAAAAAUACGACCCUUCUUCAAGGUUAAAGUUCAGUGCUGGUUUUGUAACGAAACGUGUGUUGUCCCUUACGGAAACUUAAACUGCUGGGAUUGCCCAAAAUGUGAACAGUAUAAUGGUUUUUCUGAGGAUGGAGAUUACAACAAACCAAUACCAUCCCAAUAUUGUGAAAAUCUUAAUUAUGCCCCUUCAGCACAAAGGACUAGAAACAGUCCAGAGGAUAAUUAUGGCAAGAUUUUGUGCGAUAACUGCAAUAAUAACCAACUGUUAAAGGUUAAACAUGUUGCAAGCUUUGAACCUCGUUGCGAGGAUACUUAUUAUAACGAGCUUGAAGAUUAUAAAGUGAAAUUAGAGAGAGCCUAUAAACUUUGUGUUCCAUGCGACAGGAGAGUAGAUUUAUAUCUGAGGCAGCAAGACGAAUCAAUUCAAAGAGAUCUAAUUGAUAAUGAUAUACCACUUCCCAGAAUAGAUCAUAACACUACCGAUAGUAUUUAUCAAAAUAAGGAUAAAACAAAGAAAUGCUAUAAAAUCUUUGUGAAAUUAAUGUAUCUGGUACAAUCAAUGACGCUGAUCAUUGAUACAAUAAGCUUGGUCUCUAACGAUAAAUUGACAACAAUGUUCAUCGGAAUAUCUCUAGUCUUAUCCAUUUCUAUUUUAUCAUUAAAGUUAUUGAAAUCGUAUUACUAUCGAAUGGAUACAAUCAAUUUAUUGUUACUUAUCGUCAAAGUAUCAAUUGAAAGUUAUAACUCGAAUCUUCUUAAAAGCUAUCGAAAAAGUUUGCAGAUAACCUUGAACUCUUUAGUUUUUAUACUAAAUUUAUUUAAUUUUCUUCGAUUGAAGAGAAAACGAAAGGAGCAAUAUCAUUUUGCAAAAAUUCCUCAGGCUUCGUUCAAUAUGAACUCUAGCACAGAAGAUGUAAGCUUUAAUAAUAGUCUUGAUAAUAUGAGUAUACAUACCACAAGGAAAAGUCAGGUACGAAAAAGGAAUAUUCUAUCUGCUCCCCGAUUUAACCCUGAUCAAUCAAAUAGACAAUAUGCUGACUCAGCAAUUUACGAAGAUAGAUCUUUUGACGAUGAUAAUUUCACAUCUGUUUCUUGUCGAAUGUCUCCUGGAAGUGGUGUAACAGUCGUUAAAGGCGUUAAAGUAACGUCUAGACGUCUUAUUAUUAGGAGAUAUUUAAUAAAACCUCAACUUUUUCUAUUCGAUGUUAUAUCUUUUAUACCAUUAUUUGGAUUCAGAUUAUACGGAUUCAACAGUCAAAUAGGACGCUAUUUAAGCCUUGCAAGAUUGUUCCGUUAUCCUGCUAUUAAUCGUAUUGUUUAUCGUCAUGAAGAUAUAUAUGAAAAUAGGCAACAAUUGCAAAUACCUCUAACAAGAUUUCUUUUAACUUGUGUCCUACCUGUUCAUAUAAUGGCCUGUUUAUGGUUUCAUGUCAAUUCAGAUGGUUGGCAUGGAGAUAAUUUACAAAUAAAGACAAAAGAUUAUUUCCAAGAUAAAUUCAUUGCAAAUAUUGACGAUGAUACAAAUUGGAUAGUUAAAGCAUUUACAACAAUGGACUAUAUAUUUAAUAGUUAUAUUGUAUGCUUCUAUUGGGCUUGUAUAACUGCAACAUUAACUGGUUAUGGUGAUCUUUGCAAUACAGAUUCACUUAGUAUCGCAUACGUCCUUAUUUGUAUGCUUUUAUCAAUGAUAUUUAUACAUGGGAUACAAUUAGGUAAAAUGGCAUCAUGGUUUUCGAAUAGGGAUAACUCGAGGGCUAGAUAUUUCCAGAGAGUAUCGAUUAUUAAAUCGCAUGUCAAUAGAUUAGGUGUGCCGGAAUAUCUCGUAAAAAAUGUAAUAGGCUAUUACGAAUAUCUAUGGAAAAGGAAAAGGGGUACUGCAUCUAAUAAUUUACUAUCCGAUAUGCCAAUAACAAUACGAUCUGAAUUAGCUAUGGUUACCGGUUCAUUUUUAAUAGAAAAGUCUAGAAUUUUAAGAGAAUUAUCCAUUGGCAUAAUUAGAAUGUUGGCGCUUAACGUAAAAACUCGUCUUUUCUUACCUAAACAAGUUGUUUUGGCCGAAAAUCAAAUUGGUAAUUGUUUAUAUUACAUAUUAAGAGGAAAACUAGAGGUUUUGGGUCAUCGAGGUGAAGUUUUAACUAUUCUAUCAACUGGACGAAUUAUAGGAGAAGCUGACCUUAUUAUAUCAAGACCUCGACCGGCUACAGUUAGGGCACAUACACACGUAGAACUUUUGAUAUUGGAAAAAGCUAAUUAUCAGUCAACCCUGCAAAACCAUCCAAGGGAGAAAGAUCAUUUGAAAUAUGUUUUGUGGCAAAUGUGCACUCACGCCCAUUCGUGCGCCAAAAAGGAAGGCGAUAUUGAAAGAGAAAUUAUUAAAAGAACUGCAAUUCAACCUCCUCCCGUCUUUUCGGAAGAACAGGCAAAAGAGCUUAAUAAAGGUCAACCGUUUCUUAUUCGGACUAAGGAUGACGAUCAAUAUAAUACUGAGAAAACAUGGUCGACCUUUAGACAUAUUCAUUACAGUUUUCGCUUUGUAGAUAAUUAUGAAAGGUCAUUAACUAAAAAGUUCCAAAAUGUUACUAAACUUUCUGAGGAUGAGGAUACAAUUGAUUCGAAUGCUAGAUCGUAUUUCAAGGAUUUUUUAACGUACUCAGCACUAGCCAUGUUGAAUAUAAGAAAUAAGACUCAUGCUCUAGUGUUUGAUAUAUGGAUAAAUCCGCAGAGUAGAGGUUUUACUAUAUGGUGUUCGCUCUUAAUUGUUUCGAUGAUUCAAAUGGGUUGUUUCUUACCGCUUUUAUUCGCCUUUGGAAGGUUAACUAGUAGAAUUAAAUCGUUAGAGACAACCUAUUCUGGUCAGACUUUAAUUAUAUUGACCAAUUUGUUUGGUGAAGCAAUUUUCGUUAUUGAUAUCGUUAUCAGAUUAAAAUUGGCUAUAGUUACAAGAAAAGGAGUUCUAAGGAGUUGGAAAGCUGUUUUCCAACACUAUAUCAAAACUUAUUGGUUCUUUAUUGACCUUACAUCUGUUUUAUUAGUUCCAGUCUUGCUAUUCAGUUAUUAUGGAAUAGAUUUUUACUCUUUCUACCAUGCUGUUCGUUUAAUUAAUCUAAUUAAAUUAAUUAGAUUACCGAACCUAUUUUCAAGAUUAGAACAUGGUCCAGCUGGUCAAUUAUAUAUAACAAUUACAAUAUUAAAAUGGUAUCUUCUAAUUGUUCUAUUUAAUCAUUGGUGCGCUUGUGCAUUCUUUGCAUCCGCCUGUAAAGGUAGAUCGUGCGACAGUGGUUCGUGGAUUGAAAUUUGGUGUCGCAAUCACAAAAACGUUUGCAAAGAAAGGACAAUUAUGAUUGAAUACUUGUUAAGUUAUUAUUGGGCUGUUGUUACAAUGACAUCAACUGGUUUUGGGGACAUUACUCCAAAGAACGUUGGUUCUAUGAUAAUAGCAUGUGCUGUGGUCUUUAUGGGCCUAUUUAGCUUUGGAACUUGCCAAGCCUACAUAUCAGCCUAUUUAGCUAAUCUAAAUGAAUCAAAAGUUAAUUUUAGGCAAUACGUACAGGCCGUGCAAUCAUUUAUGGACAGGAGGAAACUAGAUAAAAAGUUAAAAGACAGAGUUAUCUCAUAUCUAGAUGUUGUUUGGCAUUAUUUCGAAGGGGAAUGGGUACCAGGCCAAAAGCCUUUGCUGUAUGAUUCUCCAGUGCAGCUACAAAAGGAGUUGGCCACAGAAAAUGUUGCUAAAACCCUCAAUGCUAUACCUUUAUUUCACGGCCUUCAUUCCUCAUAUAUUAAUUACCUAUCUGAAAAGCUUCAAGUCUAUAUAUUCGCUCCGGGAGAUAUUGUAAGUAGGGCGGGCAAUGUAGAAAGGGUCACGUAUAUCAUUAUGAGGGGUUGGGUUGGUCUCUAUACUCCCGAUCACUCGACUUUACUCACAAAAUUCGGACCACAUAGCCAUUAUGGUGAACUAACAAUGAUGUCAGGUGAACCAAGACCCUUUCAUCUUGUUGCUAUAACGCAUGCAGAAAUCUUAGAACUCUGUUUAAGUGAUGUGUUAGACGCUACUAAGACUUUAACACUUGCUGCGCGGCAAUUAACAAAUCUUCUAGGCAGAAAAGACAUUUAUAAACCUAGUGUACUCUCUAGAAAGUCCAAUUAUUCAAUAAACAAUGAAAUUAGAUUGAGAAUUCCAGAAACGUUAAAAGUAGAAAAAAAUGGAGAAGAUAGCAAAAAGGAAGAUAAAGAGAUGGAAGACAAUUUACAUCAUACAAAUAUCUCAAUAAACGGAUUGAAAGAUAAAAAGGAAAGAAAAGAUAAGGACUUUAAUGAUAACUCUCCAUCACUUAUCUGUAGACUAUGCGUGAAACUGUUACUUCCUUUUACAAUUAGGCCUCAGUCCAAUUUUUUAAGAAUAUGGACAGUUUUUAGAUUGACAAGUUCGAUUUUGGCAGCAUUCGUAAUUCCACUUCAAACAGUAUUCUACUAUGAUGUAGUAGGAGUAUGGAUAGUUUCAUACUUUACAGAUUUAUUAGCCUUAAUAAACGUCUAUUUAAUGAUGCAUGUUGCAUUUUACUCCGAUAGACCAGAUAUUAAAGGUGUAUUAAUUAGACAUCCAAUAUCAACCGCCCUAAGAUAUUUACGGAAGAACUCUGGAUUCGAUUUAUUAUGUUUAUUCCCCUUCGAGAUAUUCUACAAGCUUUUACCACAACCUUCUCGUAGUAUUUUACAAACAAUAUGCUUGUUAAGAUGGAAUAGAAUACUUCAAGUACUAAGAAUUACCCUGCUACUUAGUUGGAUUGAAAAGCCUAUUGAUAGAAAUCCUAUCAUAAUUAGGGCCAUAAAAUACCUUUUAUCAUUUGGCAUUAUCGUAAAUACACUUGUCUGUCUAAUUAUACUAUUUUCGUGUUCUCCCUUUAAAUUUCACGAUGACAAUGUGAUCAAUUUUGGUUCAUUCUUUGUUUGUCAUUCAAAAGGCUGGCACGUUACGGGUAUUCAAUCAUUCAAUAGUAGUAUAUACGUUAAAGAAAAGAUGUACCUAAUGGGUUUAACGUUUACUCUGUCAACUUUGGUUGGCGUUGGAUAUGGCGAUAUGGUACCUCAAACUGUAUUUGAAGUUAUCUACGUUAUACUAAUGGUUGUUGGUGGACAAUUACUGUGUUCAUAUGUAAUUGCUGCUGUAUCUGCGAGUAUAGUAAACGCGGAUGCUGCUAAGCAAGCCUACUUCUUCAAAAUGAGAAUUUUAGAUAGUAUAUUAGAAGAUCAAGAGAUUCCUCUAACGUUACGAAACAGGAUUCAACGCUAUUUUGAGUUUGUUUGGACAAGAACCAAGGGGGUUGAUCCAAAGAGUUUAUUUACGACUCUUCCUACUGUACUUUGGCAGGAUGUUACUACUUCUUUGUACUUUGAUGCCGUUCGUCAAAUUGAUUUCUUUAACAAAACGAGUGACGCCUUUCUAAAGAUGCUUUGUAAAUCAAUUAGUCCUAUGUUUAUCCCUAAGAAUGAGCUGGUUAUUAGAAGGAAUGACUUGGGAACGUCCAUGUUUUUCAUAUGGAGAGGCUCUGUCGAUAUCAUAUCCGAAGACGACAGAAAUGUUAUUGAUCACCUGGGACCGGGUGAAUCAUUUGGGGAGGUUUCAUUCUUUUUCGGAUCUCCUAGGCCAAAUAGCGUUCGGGCAAGAACAAAUUGCGAUCUAUUUUGUUUAAGUAGAGAGGCUCUAGAAGAUCUUCUAAAUCUUUAUCCAGAUGUAAAAAUGCAGAUGCAGAAGGAGGCUGAUAAUCGCCUAAAAUUAAUCGCUAAAAGAAGGAAAUUAAAUGAUAUAACAGAUGACGAUUCGUACGCAAAUAUUUCGGAUAAUGAUUUCGAUUCUGGUGACUCAUGCCCACCACAAUCCGAAAAAGAUAUGGACGAGAAUAGGGGUUAUAUAGUUGCAGUUGAAGGUACAAAAAUGAAAUUAUGGUCCAAACCAAAAACGGCUAUUGUAAAAAGUCCUGAUGAAGUUGUAAUAAAUGAACUAGAACCUUAUUCCCCAAUAAUUGAAAGAUUAAGAAACUUGGCCGACAAUUGGAGGGAACUAAUUGAUAAUGAAAAGGACGAAACAUGCGAUCUUCUCCACGAACAGAAGAAAAUAUUAGAGAAUCCACCAUGGAUAAGAAAGAGGCAUCUAGUUAGACAUUCUAUAACCGAAAAUCCAGAGGACAAAGAAGAAGAAGAAUUAAGGAUGAAAUUUCCUAAAAUUCGUAAUUAUCAGUUAAUUGCGGGAAAGAAACAACCGGCUCGACCUCUUAAUUCUUAUAUUAUGGGGCUAGGGGAAUUAAAUUGUAAUAUAAGCAAUAAUAAUGAAAUAUCGACAUUCCAUAGGGAGAAUAAUCUACAGAGAAUAAGAUUUAAUAGAUUAUUUAAUUCAGGCAUUAAGCAUAAAUUCCAGAUUAGUAGGAUAAAGGAUUCUCGCUUUUCAAUUCCGUCUUAUAGAGGGAUGAUCAAUCAAAGAAAAAGAAUUUCAGAAAUUGACUAUAAAGAUGUAAUGGUUUAUAGGAAAGAAAUUGAGUAUAAGACAAAGGAUGGAAACGAUCUUAGUAAUACUCUUUACAUUCCACACCUGAACUCAUCCAAUGAAGAAUUUACGGACAGAAACAACUCAUUCAUUUUGAAUUACGGACAGAAAAAUUCAACAACUUUACAUCCUGAUGCCAGAAUCGUCAAGAUAAUCUAUUUAUUGGGAGCAAUAUCAACUUAUUUAGCUAUUGCAUUAUCCUCUUAUCGUCUAGCUUUUACGGAUGAAAGAUUGCUCUUCGCAGUAAUCUUAUAUACAUUGGAUUUCAUCUUCUUCCUAGAAAUUCUAAGUAAGACCAGAAUUCAAGUUCCAGAUGCUGACGGUGACCUAAUUACAAAUUGGAAAGAGAUAAUGAAACGUUAUCUAUUAAAUUAUUUUGGUCUUCUUUUCGAUUUACUAACGAUUCUACCAGUUGAACUAUUCUUUAGUAAAUUUCAAAUAAGAGCGACUAUUCGAUUAUUACGCUCUUUAUUAAGAUUUAUAGGUCUAGUAGAGUUCUUUAACAGUUGGAGAUCUGUUUUACACGCAAAUAUAUUUUAUAUGAGAGGAGCGGCGUGCUUUGUUUAUUUCUCUCUAACAAUUCAUUUAAGCUCAUGCGUGUGGUUUUGGGUUGCGUGUCCGUACGGAUAUUGUAAGAGGAAUAGUUGGGUAAAUAAACUACGGGGAUUGACUAAUGAAACAUCUUCAAUCGAAAAGAGGGUACUCUAUUUGGAUAGUUUGUACUUUAUAGCCGCUACAAUAACAACAACCGGCUACGGAGAUAUUGUUCCUAAAACUUUCUGGGAAAUGGUUGUUGCUUGUUUUAUUGUUAUUUUUGGAAAGAUUGUUGUCGGAUCCGUUUUCGCUAUCAUUGCAUCAACGCUUGCCAAUGUAAACUCCUUAAAAGCCCGUCAUAACUUGGCAAUGAGUCAAACGGAAACGUUCAUGGAAGAUCAGCACGUACCCGAUAAUUUGAAGAAGAGAAUCCUGGCUUAUCGUAAUUAUGUAUGGAAAAAAUCCAAAGGAAUGAUACCGAACGAUUUAUUAGCUGAACUUCCUUUGUGCUUGAAGAGCGAAGUAUCUUUAUUUAUUUAUAAAUCUGUCCUAGAUACUUUAUCUUUGCUACGAAAUGUGAACUCUGACGUCAUCAUGAGACAAUUAGCUCUUAAAAUGAAAAGUCAACCCUAUGCUCCAGGUGACACGAUAAUAAGAAGGGGAGAUAUAAUUUCAAAGCUUUUUUACGUUAAAAGGGGUUAUUUAGAGGUUGUAGAAGACACUGGUGAUAAACAAAAUCAUGUUUUAGAGAUAAGGGGACCUGGUACUGUAUUUGGGGAACCAACAUUGGUUUUUCCAGUUCCACAUACAUCAACAUUAAGAGCUUCAACGCACGCCGAAGUAAUGUCCCUAAAUAAAACAGAUUUAGAUGAAGUUUUAAGUAAGCAUCCAAAAGCGAUGAAGAAGAUAAAGAACAACGCUUUUAAAAGAUUUGGUCAUCUCAUUCAGAGGCUUCCGCAAAGAGAGAAUCAUAAAUUUACGUUAAUAUCGGAUAAUUCUCUGCAGCUUAAAUCGAGGGACGAGAAACUCAAUAGAAAGGCAACAAAGACUAAUUCAUUGAGUAAGAAACUUUCGUAUUUUUCGAAAAUAAGUGAAACGAAAGGAAGUGGAUUGAUUGAGCAUGUUGAUGAAUUAUCUCCUUAAUUAUUAUAAUAUGUAUAGUUUAUCAAACUUUAAGCCUAU